AUGUUGUGGGAGAACGAGUCGGAUGGAAGCAAAGAAAACGACUAUGAUUCGGGGUGCAAAAAAGGUGAAGAUAUUAAAAAAAUCGAAACGAAAGAGUUCACAUCGAGCAAAGAAAAGUCAGAUAAAAAGAAGAAAAAAAAAUGUAGCAAAUAUAUAAGAGAUGGCUAUGGAAUUUUAAUAACGUUAAGGAGAAACACCUUUGGUCAGGACGUAAUUGUGAACAAAUUCAUUGGUAACUGGAAAAAUAAUAAAAAAAGCGGAUUGGGAUUUAAUUUAUAUCUGAAUAGGAAUGUCUAUUAUGGGUAUUAUGAGAAUAAUGCAAGAAAUGGAUGGGGCCAUUUCGAAUGGAGAGCCAAUCAGUCAAGUUAUGAAGGGAAUUGGGUCAACAACCAGAUGAAUGGCAAAGGGACAUAUAAAAGUAAAGCUUUUUUGUUCGAUGGAGACUUUUAUAGUAAUAAAUUUCUUAACUCGUCUGGGGAAUGGAUAGAUGUGCUAGCCAUGGAAGAGGAAGAAAAAAACGUCAGCCUUCUCAAAACAUAUGUAAUUAGUGGUCAUGAGAUGAUCGAUUUAGUUUGCCUCCCUUUUGAUUUCUUAAAAGGUCAUUUAGAAAAAAUUGCAGACCUUAUUAAGUACAAAUAUAACAAGGUUCCUUUUUUCAUGUGUUCCAAGGGUUUUAUCGAGAAGCACAGAAAUUUUAACUUGUCUAAGUUUAUAUUCUUAAGUUAUUAUUUUGGUCCUGACGAGCCAUUUUGCGAGGAGAGCAGUUAUUAUGAGCUUCUCUUCGACGGGGUACAAAAUGAGGAGGGAAAAAGAAGCGAAGGGGGGAAUUCAAAAGUAGGUCGGGAUGAUCCUAAUUUGAAGUCAUUCCGGAGUGGCACCCCUUCAGAUGCUGGUGAAGUGGAAGGUGGCAACAGUUCGCGGGAGUCUAGUUGUUCCAGUGGUUCUGAACGGUCGAAUGCGUCGCCCAGCUGUCGUGCGACUAGUUCUUCCGAGUUGUCAAGCGGGGAGAAGGAGAGGAGCGAAGGAAGUGGUAAAGGUGGAAUGCCCCCCUCCAACUCUUCGAAUUGGUCAAAGGGGCGGGCUCAUUCCAACUUCUCCCACGCAUCUGCCUCUUCGCAUGCCUCGAAGUCUUCACACUCCUCGCACCUCUCCAGCCUGUCCGCCAUCACCAACAGCAAGGACAGUUGCAAGUCGACGGGCGAGCCCCAUGACGAUUUAUAUCACUCAAAAACGCACUCCCUGAAUAAGGCCGACAUAAUCAGAAAUGAAAGCAAAGACAGUAUCCAUAGUGACCUGAAGGAGUACAUAAAGAACGCGAAUAAAUCGAAUGACUUUAAGGAGGAAAGCUUAGCCGAAGCGCCAUCCAAGUUUAGUAACAGCUUCCAAAAUGGAAUGAACUUCAACCCGGGCAAAUGCACUGAAGAUACCUGUUACGAGAUGGAAGAAAGGAAAAAGAACGAAAUGUACCAACUGAUGAAGAAAUACGUGCAUAUUUAUGCCAAUUCGGAAGACACUUCCAGUGAGUAUUCGAUAAGGUCCAAUGAAACGGAAAGCGCCGAUGAAGAGGCAGGCUUCAUCAAGGUGGAAAGUAAGGAAGAUUUUGAUCGAAAGAAGCGUCGUGGGAACGAACAAUCAGGAGGAACUAAACAGAUGGAUGGUAUAGAGACAGUGGAAAGAAAUGCCAAACAAAAAGUGAAUAACGCCUCGUCAGGAGAGGGUAAUACAAGUGGGCCGAAUCCCUCGGAAAGUAGUCCCCCCCUGCAUAUGCAGAAAAAAAAAAUCGAGAAGGAAUUAUCCAAGAUAAAAAUAGACACUCAGUUUUUGGGAAAACUAAAAAACUGCAAUCUGACAUGUAUACACAAGAUAAAGCAAAAAAUGGAAACGUCGAUGAUGCUGAAGUAUCCAUUCAUUUUUAGCUUAAGUAUGAGUGAAGACAAGAAUAAGUAUGAAACUAUAACUAAGGAAUUCCUUUUAGAGAGUUGCACAAUCCCUACCUCGUGGUUAUUAAAGAAUUAUUUUGGAGCCACAGAGAAUAAACUAUCCGAAAAAAUAUUUUCCCCUCCCUUUUUCGAUUUUUACAAUUCAAAUAUGAACAUAACUAUGCACCCGCAUUUUCAGAGUCCGGAAAAUAACGACGACGUGGACAUUUUUAAUGGUGGCGAAAUUUCGCCGUUGAAUCUUUUCCUCAUCACAGAUUUGUUAAUAGGGGACACGAAAGAUAUCAAACAUUUAAAAGGUUUAGUGAGGGACAAAUUUAUCAAUUUUUCGUUUUUGAGUAACUUAUUUUUUGUCAUCCUCGAGUAG